AUGAAAGAAGAGAAUCCUCUAAACCCAACUGUUCUUCGCAUGUUAAGUGAAUAUAUCAAGGCUGACAACGUCUUCCCUCAAUCCCUAACCCAAUUGUUCCUUGAUCCAGGCCCAACACGUCUCAUCCGACAUCCCCCAGCUCAGUUAGUCGUGAGUUUACACAGUUCCUUUCGUCUCGCCUGCACUGUGGAGCUUGACAAGGCUGCUGUGGCCUUGACGACAAGAGAAGACUUUAUUUCCUCUCUCCAUUCAUCACACCACUACCCCAGCAACACUACCAGCCUGCCCGUUGCCGGCUACAAAGCGUCCGAGGCCACACUCGAGGGUAACUCUAUUCCUCGAAUUGUUUGGACUCAUGCUCGUUCUCGUGUGAUUUCUCGAACCACGGCCCACUUUCAUCCUUCCCCGGCGGCAGCAGCAGAAACUGAGAUACUUGACCACGACGGCAUUCAGCCACUAGACGGACUGAGGGUUGUAGACAAGGAAAGGACGCCGGUAACUGCAGAAGCGUCUGUUCGACAUGACGGUUUUCAACCGGAAAACAGGAUUAAAUUUGGCCGACUCAUGGUCCGGGAUGUCUUGGGGUCGUCUUCCCACUUGUCUUCUACCGGGCUCACACAAGGGCUUCGAGAGCAUCAUCAACGCCUUAAGAUUCUGGAGGAUACUCGAGUCUGGAGGAACACUGGUCGGAUGCAACAGGCCCAUUCACAAAAACACAUACGGUCAGCCAACCGGGUCGAGUCCUUCAGUACUAGAAUGAGACAAUUCCGUAGACUGCGCUCUGAGUUGACGAUUACAAGGAUUUCUGAAGCUGAAGUUGGCCUGUAUUCAUGUCUACUUGAGUCGACUGGCGGAAACGUCUCUCAUUCUACAAAAGUUUCGGUAAAACUCAGUUUAAUUUGA